AUGGAGAAAUAUAAUAAAUAUUCAAAUGAUGAAGUUUAUAGAUAUAUUAGGAACUGUCAAAAACCAAGAAAGGAAUUUUAUUUUAGAAAUUUUUUUUUAUCCCUAAUUAUGUUGGUAAAUGAAGGAUUAUUUUUUUAUAAUUCUCUACAAUUUGAUAUUACUGGUUGUAUGGUAGAUUCAAAUUCCUCCCCAUCUUCAUCAACCUCAUCAUCUUCAUCUAAAAUUAUAAUUAAUAAUAGUAGUAGUAGUACAAGUAAUAAUGAUUACUAUAAUUUAAAUAAAAAUAAUAAUAAUAGCGAUAGUAAUAGUAGAGAUAGUGAAACAGAUGAUUUUAAAUUAUCAACAUGUAUAAAUCAAAAAGUACAAUAUUGUAUACCAAUAAUGUAUAGUGCGGAAGGUAAUGAAGCAUUAUCAUUUAGAGUGCCAUUAAUAGAUAAAUAUUCAUCACAAUUAACAUUAGAUAAUAUUUAUUUAAUUGGUUGUAUAAUAUUAUUCUUGUUGAUAGCAAUAUGUAUAGCGAGAACCAUGAGAAUUCUUUAUAUAAAAAGGUCGAGAAUUCAAUUACUUUUAACAGUGAAUGUAUUAGCAACCAAACCUAAACUUACACUUGAAGAGAAAAUGUUUAUUAGUGGUUUAUCAAUAAUGGUUGUAAUUUAUUCAAUUUUAAAAUUAAUGAUAAUCAAUGACCUCGUUGAUACAGUCUCAAUGAUUAAUUGUGAAAAUGUUAAUAUUCAAUUACAAUUUCAAGGUAAAUCAACAAAUUCCAUAGUACAAUCGAUUUCAAAUCUUUUCGUUUUCAUUUACCUUUUCAAAGAUCCAAUUCAAGAUAUCUAUGAUAAAAUAACAAAUAUUUUCGAUGAUUUAAAAUUAGUUGAUGCUUUCAUACUCGAUAAUAUAAUAUUAGAUAAUCUAUCAUCACAUAAUAUUCAAACUUUACCAGUUAGUUAUAUUAAAAAAGCUUUAAACCUUUAUGUUCACAAACAUUAUCAACAUGAAAAUCAUACAAAAAGAAUGAAAAGAACUUUUAUAUUUACAACCUUUAGAAAUACAACCAAUCAUGACAUUUUAGAAGCAAUUAAUGAAUAUAAAAUAUCUCAUCCACAACAUUUUAAACCUUUAUUAUUUAAUAAAGAUCAAGAAAAUAUUAAUAAUAAUAAUAAUAAUUUAGUGGUAAAUGAAAAUUUUGAUAGUGAUAAUGAAAAUAGUAAAUUAAUAAAUAAAGAAUAUUAA